AUUAUCUCAUUGUCUUUGGAAAACCGCCAGAGAAGGAUCCGCGAAGCAAGCUGUGAGGGUGUUUAAACUUUAACUUAUCGGAGGAGCCUAAUCGGCCGGGGUAGAAUACCAAUGAACACGCCUGCAAAAACAACAACGCUCAAUUAAUAUUGAAGUUUUCUCAAUAAGAAAUGCAAUUGUAAAACAUACAAUCAAUAACAAAGAACAGCAAGCCUCCUGACUGCCCCAGACCGACCGAGCAGACAAAAGAGCCGGCAAAAGAUAAGGCUGCUUAUCGGAUCGCGAACGGACCCCAAAUAGAGUUCUGACCGCUGGUCAAUGGAACCCCGUCCAGCCAACCAAACCGCCUGACAGCCUGACUCUUGUCUGUCUUGCGAUCUUUGUUAUUUGGAAAUAUCUGUUUAACUCCACGGUUCAGAUAUGUUUCGCUACAAGAAAAUUGCUGCUGCAAAGCAGAAAGAAAGAGAAGAGCGCAUCGCCGAGCUCUUGCCCGUGUACGGAGCUCCCGAGACGCCGGAGGAAGUUGCGAUUUUCAAGACUCCCGUUGCGGAAGUUGCGGCGAAGGUCAAGGCUGGCGAGUUGAAGCCGAUUGACAUCCUGCAUGCUUACGGCAAGAGGACGCUGAAGGCGCAGUUCGAUACCAACUGCUUGACUGAGAUCUUGUACAAGGACGCUGAGAAGUGGGCUGAGACUUGCAAUAAGAAUGGUGCGCUUGCCGGUAUCCCGAUCUCGUUCAAGGACACCGUCUCGAUUGCUGGAUAUGACUCUACGCUCGGAUAUACCAAGUUUGCGUUCAACCCUCUAAAGCACGACUCCACUCUUGUCAAGCUCUUGAAGGACGCCGGAGCGAUCCCGUACUGCAAGACAAACAUCCCCACGACUCUUCUCUCGUAUGAAUCCUACAACAACAUCUUCGGCCGCACCGAGAACCCCCACGUUCACGGAUACUCUGCCGGUGGAUCCAGCGGCGGCGAGGCUGCUCUUCUUGCUUUUGGCGGUGGCCGCGUCGGCAUGGGCACCGAUGUCGCGGGCUCUGUUCGCGUGCCUUCUCACUUUGCGGGCUUGUACACCGUGCGUUCUUCCUAUGGCCGUAUUCCCCGUGCUGGAAACACUGCGCCGCUGCGUGGCCAGGACGGUAUUACCUCGAUUUACUCACCCAUGUGUCGGUACUUUGAGGACCUCGAGUACGUGUUCAAGGCUAUUAUCGACAUGAAGCCCUGGGAUUACGAUUACACCAGUCACCCGAUCCCCUGGCGUGAGGUUACUCUGCCUGCUAAGCUCAAGAUCGGAGUGAUGUAUGACGACAGCGUUGUCACUCCUUCGCCCGCCUGCGCUCGUGCUCUUCAAUUGACUGUUGACGCGCUCAAGAAGCAGGGUCACGAGGUUGUGGUGUUUACUCCUCCUUCUCCCUUGGAGGCUCUCCGGAUUGCCACCCAGCUGAUUGUCGCCGAUGCCGGAAAGAUGGGAACUUCGCACUUGUUGAGCCGAUGCGAAAAGUACGAUCUCGGCGUGAUGAAGUUCAUCAAGAUCGCCAAGCUUCCGUCGUUUAUCAAGAAGAUCUGGGCGUGGUUCAUUCUCAAGUUCAAGGGCGACUUUGUGCUUGCCACGCUCCUGAAGAACUGGAGCGAGAAGUCGAUGUUUGAUUACAUGGAGCUCAUCAUGGAGCGCGAGGGAUACCGCAACGACUUUUACAACGCCUGGAAGGACUCUGGAAUCGAUUUCCUGCUCACCGUUCCCAACGCCACCCCUGCUCUUCCCCAUAACGGUAUGUUCGAGGCCUUUGCCUCCGUCGGCUACGCGUCCAUGUUCAACCUUGUCGAUUACUCCGCGGGCGUGAUCCCUGUGAUCCACGUCGACAAGGAGAUCGACGCCCUGCCGGUCGGGUUCUCGACAAAGAAGAUGAACUAUGUUGCCAAGGGCGCGUACAGAAACUACGACGCGACAAAGAUGGACGGAUUGCCUGUCGGCGUGCAGAUCGUUGGACGACGACUUGAGGAGGAGAAGGUGCUGAAGAUGAUGGCUAAGACUAUCGAUGCUUUGCGCGAUAUCGGCGUUGAGUAUGAGUUGCUCAACGAGCCAUAGAUAGAGUCGAUGUUUGCUAUAUCAUGAAACACAAAUAACC